GAAGGCAAAUCGACUGUUCGUCAGCCAAAGAAGCAUGUUUCAGAUGCGUCAGUAGCCGCUGUCACCCGAGUGGAAGAGCUGAGUGCAUCUAGCGACCAGGUUGUUGCAGAGGUUACAGUAGCCGCUGUCACGCAACUAAGUGAUAAUUCAAACAAAACGGCACCGACACCGGCAACAAUCACGAAGAAACCAUCGAAAUCAAAGGAAAACAUUGAACCGGCAGCGGCCGUGGAAGAGCGGAGUGCAUCAAGCGACCAGGUUGUUGCAGAGGUUACCCAACUAAGUGAUAAUUCAAACAAAACGGCACCGACACCGGCAACAAUCACGAAGAAACCAUCGAAAUCAAAGGAAAACAUUCAACCGGCAGCGGCCGUGGAAGAGUGGAGUGCAUCAAGCGACCAGGAUUCAGAUUCAGAUUACGAAGAACGAAAACAUCCAAAUGACAACGAGAGAAUGAAACUCCGGGUGGAGAGGAAAAAUGCAAUUAUAAAAAAAUUGGAAGUUCGAGCAGAAAAAUUGGAAAGAAAAGCCGACGCUUUGUUGGCACGGAAUUUGGUGCUUCAGGACCGAUUCGCUUAUUGCAAAUGUGACAUCACCAAUAUUCCACCAAAUCCAGUACGUUCUACCAAUCAAGCAUACACAUUAAGUAGCGAGCAAGAAAUGCUCCUAGGUAGAUUCAUUAUGCCAGAUGACAUGAACAAAUACAUCACCGAGCUAGCUGGGUUUUUAUUUACCCCAGAAGAACUGAAAACCAUUUCUUCGGCUAAUCUUAACCCAUCUAAGAUUGCAUUCAUAAGCAGUCAUAUCCAAACGCACACUGGCUUCGUGAAGACCGCACCCGAAAUUAAAAUGCUUUUAAACAAGAGACGUUGGAAUUCUAAUCGACGUUCUGAUUCAAGCAGCACCCCUCCGAAGAAGCGGAAACGAAACACGAAAAAUUCAAAUGAUGAAACUGUCCAAGACGAAGAAAUGUACACCGAUGACGUUGACGUCAACCACUUUUUACUUAUGAAAAUGCAAUCGGCCGACGACAACACCGAAGACAAUGCCGAAUCCGGAUAGGUAUUUACGUGAACGACUUUUCCUUCGUUAAUUUAAAUAUGUGAAGAGUUUCAGCUCAA